AGUGUGUUCGUAUUGACUAGUACAACAUAAUACUAAUUUUCGUUCCCGGCCCUGUAGUUAUCGUGUACUUUCUUUUACGUUUACCUGUGUAUGUCAAUUAUUUCCUACGUUCCGUAUUCGGAAAAUUAAUUCUUUAUUAACUUUAAGACCCGGCAUUAAAUAAUACUGCUUAAAUGGCUGAAGAAGAUUGGGGAGAUGUUCAGAUGAGCAAUGUUGAUUCCGCUCCUGUACAAGUAGCUGCUGAUUUGCCCGAAGUAAAAUUAUUUGGUAGAUGGAGCUGUGAUGACGUUGAAGUUUCUGAUAUGUCUCUUCAAGAUUAUAUUGCGGUUAAAGAAAAGUAUGCUAAAUAUGUACCUCAUUCGGCUGGUCGUUAUGCUGCUAAACGGUUCCGUAAAGCUCAAUGUCCAAUUGUUGAACGUUUAACUAAUUCAUUGAUGAUGCAUGGUCGUAAUAAUGGAAAGAAAUUAAUGGCUGUUCGUAUUGUAAAGCACUCUUUUGAAAUUAUCUAUUUAUUAACUGGGGAAAAUCCAUUGCAAGUACUUGUUAAAGCAAUUAUUAAUAGUGGACCCAGAGAAGACUCUACUCGAAUUGGUAGAGCUGGUACUGUUAGACGUCAAGCUGUAGACGUUUCCCCACUUAGACGUGUUAAUCAAGCUAUUUGGUUACUAUGCACGGGAUCCCGCGAAGCUGCUUUCAGAAAUAUUAAAACUAUUGCGGAAUGCUUAGCUGAUGAGCUGAUAAAUGCUGCUAAGGGUUCAUCAAACUCAUAUGCUAUUAAGAAAAAGGACGAACUGGAACGUGUUGCUAAGUCUAACCGUUAACUUCCAUCUUAUUAUUUUAUUUUAAAUAUACUUUUGUGUAUUUCUA